GUCAGGGGUUAUGGGUUGCCGUUAGGCGUUGUGGUUAUGGGUUGUGAUUAGGGUUAUGGUCAGGGUUUAGGGUUGUAGAGCUGCCAUUAACCAAUCAGUGAGCUCUAAAAGGAGUACAGGAUGUCACCAUGUCACUUGAUUUUGUUGUGGUCACUGAGUACCAACCUAUCACUGAGGACCAAUAUUGCUAGCCUUUCUAUUAGUCAGAUGUGAGGAGCUGGAGCCGGCCUACUGGUGGUUAAGGAGGAAAUGAGGGGGAAGUGUGUUCCUUCCCACUCCUCCCUCCUCUGGUUUCCCUUCAGAAAGACAAGAGAGUUAUCAAGACACUGUAGAGCCCUAAACACAGAGAAGUACAGACUACAGGACUACUACAGACCAGUACAUUACUAGUACAGACCAGUACCUUACUACUACAGACCAGUACAGGACUACUACAGACCAGCACAGGAGUACUACAGACAAACACAGGACUACUACAGACCAGCACAGGAGUACUACAGACUACUACAGACCAGCACAGGAGUACUACAGACAAGCACAGGACUACUACAGACCAGCACAGGAGUACUACAGACCAGCACAGGAGUACUACAGACAAACACAGGACUACUACAGACCAGCACAGGAGUACUACAGACGACUAUAGACCAGCACAGGAGUACUACAGACAAGCACAGGACUACUACAGACCAGCACAGGAGUACUACAGACCAGCACAGGAGUACUACAGACCAACACAGGACUACUACAGACCAACACAGGACUACUACAGACCAGCACAGGACUAGUACAGACCAGAACAGGAGUACUACAGACUACUACAGACCAGCACAGGACUACUACAGACCAGCACAGUAGUACUACAGACUACUACAGGCCAGCACAGGACUACUACAGACCAGCACAGGACUACUACAGACCAGCACAGGACUACUACAGACCAGCACAGGAGUACUACAGACCAGCACAGGAGUACUACAUACCAGCACAGGAGUACUACAUACCAGCACAGGACUACUACAGACCAACACAGGACUACUACAGACCAGCACAGGAGUACUACAUACCAGCACAGGAGUAAUACACACUACUACAGACCAGCACAGGACUACUACAGACCAGCACAGGAGUACUACAGACAAGCACAGGAGUACUACAUGCCAGCACAGUAGAGUACUACACACUACUACAUACCAGCACAGAAGUACUACAGACCAGCACAUUACUACCACAGACCAGUUUGGUGACAGUGGAACCAGCAGGAUCAUUUUGAUGGGAAUCCCAGACAAGAGGGCUGUGACUGGACAGUGAGUGACCCCAUGCCUCUGAGUCCGACUGCCAACGCUAAGCAUGACCCCCCUGAUCAUCCCCGGCAACCAGCUGCUACCAAUGGCAACCAGCCAGGUUCCGCCCUUGCCAGGGACGAUGGGAGGACUUCCUCCCCAGAUCCUCCUGACGACGGCUCUGGAAACAGCAUCGUCAUCCGUAUUGGCAUCCCUGACCUGCAGCAGACGAAGUGUCUGCGGUUGGAUCCCGAGGCAGCAGUGUGGAGCAGUAAGCAGCGUGUGUUAGUGACUCUAACACAGAGUCUGACUGAUGUUCUGAAUUACGGUCUGUUUCAACCGGCCUUCAACGGACGAGCUGGGAAGUUCCUAGACGAGGAACGACUGCUGAAAGACUACCCUCUACCCCCCAUCACCCCUAUUCCCUACCUAGAGUUUCGCUAUAAGAGGCGUGUUUACACUCAGAGCUAUGUGGACGACAAGCAGCUAGCAAAGCUCCAUACCAAGGCCAACCUUAAGAAGUUCAUGGAGUAUGUUUAUCAGCUCAGCGUUGACAAAGUCUCCAGGUUCUUGGAGAAAGGCCUUGAUCCUAAUUUUCAUGAUGCAGACACAGGAGAAUGCCCCCUGACCCUGGCGGUUCAGCUAGAGGGCAGUUCAGAGCUGAUUAAAGUUCUGAGGAGUGGAGGAGCUCACCUGGACUUCAGGACUAGAGACGGAAUCACAGCGCUGCACAGAGCUGUUCUCUCUAGGAACCACACAGCACUCACAACUGUGUUGGACCUGGGUGCGUCUCCAGACUAUAGGGACAGUCGUGGGUUAACUCCGUUGUACCACUGUGCCAUGGUGGGGGGAGACCCGUACUGCUGUGAACUGCUGCUGCAUGAACACGCUGUCAUAGGCAGCACCGACGAGAAUGGCUGGCAGGAGAUCCACCAGGCAUGUCGUCAUGGGAACGUGCAGCACCUGGAACAUCUGCUGUUUUACGGAGCCGAUAUGAGCUCUCAGAAUGCCUCAGGGAACACUGCCCUGCACCUGUGUGGUCUAUACAACCAGGACGGCUGUGCCAGAGUUCUGCUGUUCAGAGGAACAAAUAAAGACAUUAAGAACUACAACAACCAAACAGCUUUUCAGGUGGCCAUCAUUGCUGGGAAUUUUGACCUGGCAGAGAUCAUUAAGAUCCAUAAGGCCUCAGACGUAGUGCCUUUCAGAGAGAGCCCUUCCUAUUCCUCAAAGCGCCGACGUCUGGGUGGGGCCAAUAAUGUUGGUGUGUGUGGCUCAUCAUCUCCCCGUUAUCUGAUUCGCUCAGCCAGCGACAACGCUCUGGAAAGCCCCGCCUCUUCUUCCCCCGGCCCCUCCCUCCACAGCCUGGAGAACACAAACACUUCCAACCGGCAGGCAGACACACACAGCCUUCGCAGACAGACACGGCGCCUCAGCCCUAGUGGCAGGCUACAGAGGGACCCCAGCCCGCCCCCAUCUCCCCCCAGCCCAGUGCAGCAUGGGAAACGUAGGCUGUACAGCGCCGUGCCGGGGAGGACGUUCAUCGCUACCCGCUCUCACACACCGCAGGGCCCCGGAGAGAUCAGCCUGCAUCGUGGGGAGAGGGUCAAAGUGCUGAGUAUAGGAGAAGGAGGGUUCUGGGAGGGUUCAGUUAAAGGACGGACCGGAUGGUUUCCUGCUGACUGUGUUGAAGAGGUCCAGAUGAGACAGUACGACCCACGCCUAGAAACACGAGAGGAUCGCACCAAGAGGCUUUUCAGACAUUACACCGUGGGUUCCUACGACAACUACACUUCCUACAGUGAUUAUGUCAUCGAGGAGAAGAGUUCUGUGCUACAGAAGAGAGACAGUGAAGGAUUUGGCUUUGUCCUCCGUGGAGCUAAAGCGGAGACCCCAAUAGAGGAGUUUGCUCCUACCCCAGCGUUCCCGGCGCUGCAGUACCUGGAGUCUGUUGACUUGGAGGGCGUGGCCUGGAGGGCGGGGCUUCGCACUGGGGACUUCCUCAUUGAGGUCAAUGGUAGUGAUGUGGUGAAGGUGGGUCAUAGACAGGUGGUGUCGCUGAUCCGUCAGGGAGGAAGUCAGCUGCUGAUGAAGGUUGUUUCAGUCACACGCAAACCUGAGUCCGACUUAGUCCGUAAGAAAGCACCUCCUCCGCCUAAGAGAGCGCCCAGCACGUCGCUCACACUGCGCUCCAAAUCUAUGACUGCUGAACUGGAAGAGAUAGCCUCUGCCAGGAGGAGACGAGGGGAAAAGCUGGACGAGAUGUUGACUGGGUCCCAGGAGGCUAUGAUGAGAAAAUGCCCCUUGGAGGCGGACUACAGAGCGGCCACCGUGAAGCAGCGGCCAACCAGCAGACGAAUCACUCAACAAGAGAUCAACUCUUUGUUUGAGCGGCAGGGCCUGCCUGUUCCUCCAGGGGUUUCCUUGGGUCUGGAGAAAGCCACCAUGCAGCUGCCUCGUGGAAUGUCUCGGACCAAGUCCUUCGGUGCACCAGAGGAUGACAGGAUCUCUGCACUGAUUGGAGAGCAUCGGUUUCCAAGGAGCUCUUCGAUGACUGAUGGCUUCAUACCUCCUCCUCCCCAGACUGCCCCCCCUCCUCCCCCCUCUCACUACUUCCUGGACUCUGGCCCGCCACCGGCCUUCUGCCCUCCACCUCCCCCGCAGCGAGCAGCCGAUCAAUCACACUCCAGCUUCAAGCCGGGGGCGGAACCUAGGCUGCACGAGGUCUGUGAUUCGCCAACGUCUCGGAGCCAUGCAGAGCGGCAGAGGAAAGCUCGCUCAAUGAUCAUCCUGCAGGACUCACCUGUACCAGGCUAUCUACCUGCAGAGUUUGCCCCCCUAGGCCGACCUUCUGGGGCUACAGCAGGGCUUGGCCUGUCCCGACCCAGCCCUGCUGCUUCUCCCAGCCCCCUCUCCAGAACCAGCCCUGCUGCCUCCCCCAGCCCCCUCUCCAGAACCAGCCCUGCCCCCAGCCCCCUCUCCAGAACCAGUCCUGCCCCCAGCCCCAGCAUCCUCUCCAGAACCAGCCCUGCCCCCAGCCCUAACCCUCCAGGGGAGCGCAGCAGCAACAGGAGGCGUGGUCGACCAGUAGAGAACCCGUAUGCCAACGUGGGUCAGCUGCCUGCCCCCCCCAGCAAGCCUCAGCGCCGCAAGUCUCCGCUCCUCAAACAGCUGCAGGUGGAGGAGGGGCCCAGCAGGGCAGAGCUAUACCAGCAGCAGGUGCUCACUGAGCGUGCUCAGAUACGGGUCACGCCCCCUCAGGGCCGUAGGUCCUCCUUCUUCCUGUCUGUGGAGGGAGGGGGUUCAGAGCCCCCUCCCAUCCUACUGACCCAGUCCCACUCUGUAGAUGACCUGGGGGAGCUGCCCCCCCCCAUCCCCGUCCUCUCCCCCUCCUCCUCCCCCCACUCCACCUUUCUCCACCCACUGACAGGCAAGCCUCUGGACCCCUCCUCCCCCCUCGCCCUGGCCCUCGCUGCCCGCGAACGAGCUCUCACUGCACGCACACCCAGCCCUGAACCCAGAACCAAACACGCACACUCACCUAGCCCCGAGCCCAGGCCGAAACACGCACACUCACCCAGCCCGGAGCCCAGGCCCAAACGAACCCCUCCUCCCCUGACCAGCCCUGAGCUCCAUCAUAAACGUAUCAACCCACCCAUUUUCCUUGAAGGACAGCUGGAGCGGCCAGUCGUAGAGCGGCCAGAGACAGAGGGAGGAGUCACAUCUCCUGCUGUGCCCUCCCCCGAGCGUUGGCAGGCUAUGCCCCUCCCUCCCAUCAGUCAGGUGACCAUCAAUAUAACCAAUGAAAGCCAGCCGGCAGGACGGGGUCUGGGGGAAGAGCUGAUUGAGGCGCUGCAUGGACAAUUACAGAGGAGGAGAAGUCUGACCGUUGGCAGCUCAGAGGAGGAGGGCGGGCCUUAUACGGUAACCCAGGGCCAAUCAGAGAGGAGGAAGAGUCUGGAGGGCGGGCCUUACACGGUGACCCUGCCCCCUGCACUGCUGUCAUCCAGUGAUGAGGAGACGAGGGAGGAGCUUCGUAAGAUUGGUCUGGUGUCUCCUCCCCUGGUGUUUGCCACGCCCCCCUCCCCCACCCAGCCCCCCUCCUCCCUCAGCCUGUCACCACGGAGACCCCAGGCAGGUGAGGGAAGGGGAGGAGGGGAGUCAGCUCCAGACUCAGGGGUGGAGGAGGGAGACCCUCACAUAGAGAACAUCUUAUCCCCCAGCAGCACCCCGGCCCCCAGCCUGCCCCCCACCCUGCCCUCCCCAGAACCCCCACAGCCUUUCACUGCCACCCCGAAAACCCUGCCCUCCACCACCUCAGACUCCCAGAGCCUGAAGCCCAGGCUGCGUUCUCCCCUGGGCCGUGGUCGCUCUGCUCUCAGGGAUCCUCUACUGAAACAGUCUUCAGACAGCGAUCUGCUUCCAUCUGGCUGUGGACCUGGACGCCCACCACCCUACCUCUUCCAGAGGAGAUCUAAACUUUGGGGGGAGGUGUCCGAGUCUCGACCCAGGCAGAGUAGCCCUGAGGAGGGCAGGCCAACUGUCGUGGGGGGUGGUGGGCUGGAGCUGGCCUCACGUCUCCAGUUACUCAGUAAAGACUCCCACUCACUCGGAGAGGAGCCUGCAGGACUGCUGGACCCUGGACACAGGUCCCCUGUGGGCGGAGCAAGAUGUCGCCAAGACAAUGGAGAGAGUAAAGCGUUGUUUAGUAGUCUUGGGGAUGUCCACACCAUCUCCCAGAGAGGUUUUGGUGGCACCACCUACACAGUCCGCCCGGGGAGCCGCUACCCAAUCACACCUCGCCGCAGUCCCAGCCCCUCCCCCUCACCUGCCCCUGUCCUCUCACCAGACAGGUCAGAGGUCAGUCCUGGGCGGGGCUUUGGCCUUAGCUCCUCCCAUCACCACCACACCAUCCUCAAGUCGUCUAGCCUCAGCUUGCCUUCGGAGCCCAAGGAGGUCCGCUUCGUAAUGCGGAGUGCCAGCGCUCGAACCCGUUCCCGCUCGCCCUCCCCCUCCCCCACGCUCCCCUGCCCCUCCCCCGUACUGGGCUCCCCCUUGCUCGCCCUGCGGCCGUGGCGCCAACGCCCUCUAGCUCUGUGGAGUAAGUAUGAUGUGGGAGACUGGCUGGAGAGUGUUGGUUUGGCAGAGCAUCGUGCCCGCUUCCAGGAGCAUGAGAUUGAGGGUUCCCACCUCCCUGCCCUCACCAAGGAUGACUUCGCUGAACUAGGCGUGACACGAGUCGGGCACCGCAUGAACAUUGAGAGAGCACUCCGACAACUGCUGGACAACUGAACCUCUAACCCCUGAUAUCACUGAAGGGCUGUCACACCUGAACCCUAAUCCUCUGGAGGUAUUCUGGCAGCACCAGUGGCUGUAACCUGGCAACACCAGUGGCUGUAACCUGGCAACACCAGUGGCUGUAACCUGGCAACACCAGUGGCUGUAACCUGGCAACACCAGUGGCAGUAUGCUUUCAGACAUCUAUUUUCCAAAGACAGCAUCACAUGGAGUUGAGCAUUUAGUAUUAACUUUUAUGAAUA